UGGAGGUUGUACCGUAGCAGGUCAGCAGUGAAGCAUUCCUGGUGGAGACGAGGAAUUUCUUUCACACCCAGGACUUUGGAGAGGUCAGAGAGAGCACUCCACGCACUGAAGCGUUAACAUCAAUGGUCUCCUGCUGCUCUGUGAGGAUGUCGUUUUUUGCCAUGGGCUUUCUGCUAGUCAUCCUCCAGCCUUCCACCGGGCAGUUCCCCAGAGCCUGUGCAAACACACAGAGCUUGCUGAGGAAGGAGUGUUGUCCCCCCUGGGAUGGAGACGGAUCCCCUUGUGGAGAACUUUCCAGCAGAGGGUCCUGCCAGAAUAUCCUUCUCUCUCUGGCUCCACUGGGACCACAGUUCCCUUUCUCAGGAGUGGAUGACAGAGAGGAUUGGCCCUCUGUAUUUUACAACCGGACGUGUAAAUGCCAAGGCAACUUCAUGGGAUUCAACUGUGGGGAGUGCAAGUUUGGUUUUUCAGGACAAAACUGCACUGAAAUACGACUGAGGACGAGAAGAAACAUCUUCCAUCUCACCACCCAUGAUAAGGACAAGUUUCUUGCCUACCUUAACUUGGCAAAGAACACACCUAGCAAGGACUACGUUAUUGCUACUGGCACUUAUGCUCAAAUGAACAAUGGCUCAAACCCCAUGUUCAGAAACGUCAAUGUCUAUGAUCUCUUUGUGUGGAUGCAUUAUUAUGCCUCUCGAGACACACUCUUAGGUGGGUUCAAUGUGUGGCGGGACAUUGAUUUUGCACAUGAAGCCCCUGGCUUUCUGCCUUGGCAUCGAGUCUUUCUGCUGUUGUGGGAACGUGAGAUCCAGAAGAUAACAGGUGAUGAGAACUUCACUAUCCCCUACUGGGACUGGCGAGAUGCAGAAAACUGUGUCAUCUGCACUGAUGAAUACAUGGGUGGCAGACAUCCCACCAACCCUAAUUUACUCAGCCCAGCAUCAUUUUUCUCCUCAUGGCAGGUAAUUUGUACUCGGUCUGAAGAGUACAACAGUCAACAGGCUUUAUGCAAUGCCACAGGCGAGGGACCUAUACUGCGAAAUCCUGGGAACAAUGAUAAAUCAAGAACCCCAAGGCUCCCAUCCUCAGCUGAAGUUGAAUUUUGCUUAUCACUGACUCAGUAUGAAUCUGGACCCAUGGAUAAAAUGGCCAAUUACAGUUUCCGAAACACUUUGGAAGGCUUUGCUGAUCCACGGACUGCAAUAUCAAACAUAUCUCAAAGUGGUUUGCAUAAUGCACUUCAUAUCUACAUGAAUGGCUCCAUGUCCCAAGUACAAGGCUCUGCAAAUGAUCCUAUCUUUGUACUACACCAUGCAUUUGUUGACAGCAUUUUUGAGCAAUGGUUAAGAAGACAUAGGCCCAUGCUAGAAGUUUACCCGGCAGCCAAUGCACCCAUCGGGCACAAUAGAGAAAAUUACAUGGUGCCCUUUAUCCCACUUUACAGAAAUGGAGAAUUUUUUAAACCCUCAAGAGAGCUGGGAUAUGACUAUGAGUAUCUGCAAGAACCAGUGCUUGGUUCUUUCCAGGAGUUUUUAAUACCCUACCUUGAUCAAGCCCGACAAAUCUGGGCUUGGUUGGUUGGAGCAGCUGUGAUCGGAGGUGUCAUUACUGCUGUGCUCACAGGGCUCAUUCUGGCCUGCCGGAAGAAAAGAAGAGGAACUUCUUCUGAGAUACAACCCUUGCUCAUAGAAAGUGAAGAUUACAACAACAUGUGUUAUCAAUCCAAUUUCUAGAGGCUCAGAGAUUUCUAGUAACUCAGUGGUGUUACUAAGGUGCUAAUCAAGCAUGCCAUGUUUGAUUCAUGUUUACAAUUGCCUUGUUGAGGUGUGCUGCAUAAGCAGGAUGAGUAGUCUUGCUGCCCAAGCCUCUUGUAAUCUCCAGUGUUGUAGUAUCGUAUCAGAUCCACUGCUAUAAAAAUCUCCCAAAUCCAACAUGUCAUCCAAAGAACACCAUUUAUUUCCUAAGCUUGAUUAAAUAAUACUCCUAUGAAACCAGACCAGUUCAUGUGAUAGUGUGUCUGCUCUUUUUUUUUAACUCUUUUACAACUGUAGACUCCAGUCCUGUGGUGCCAUCUGUGUGUUUGGUGUAUGGAUUUAAUGAGAGGUGCCAGACUGCACCAUCAGUGCUACAUAGAUUCUAUGUUUGAAUGUAAUGGUAGAAAGAGCCCUUAGGCACAGUGAGCAAAAUAUGUGGUGCUUCUGAGCACAGUCCAUGACCCAUAGGCAUAUUUUUCUUCUAGGACAGAAAUAUUUUCCCUCUAGCUCCUGUAAUGUCCUGCUUGUUCUUGAUUGAAUGACAUCAGUAGCAGAAAUAGGGCUCUCAGAAACCACUUUACACUUGUCUCAUAUGCUGCAGUUGGUUGUCUUCUUUACCCUCUUGUCAUCAUCUAGGGAGACGAGGCAUUUUUAAGAGAUGAAACCUAGUCUCACCACAUCCACCUCUGUUCAGUUUGACUUACUGAUUUCUCAUAUUAUGUCUGACUUCUGGUUGCUCAGUAUGUGUAUAUUCCAUAGAGGUAACUCAUAAAAAGGUGUGGUGGGUUGACCUUGCCUGUAUAUUAGGUGCCCACCAAGGUGCUUAGGAGUAGGACAGGGGAGAGAAAAUAUCACAAAAGAAUUGUGGGUUGAGAUAAACACAGGGAUAUCCUUCAGCCAUCACUUGCACUGGUAAAAUAGGCUUGAACUUGGGAAAACUGAUUCAAUUUAUUGCUAAUCCAAAGUAAGAAUAGGAUGAUAAGCAUUAAAACCAACUCUUUAAACACCUUUCCCCAACUCUCCUUUCUUCCUGUGCUCAACUUUACUACCAAUUUCUCCCUCCUCCCCCUGAGCAGAGAAGAGGGCUGGGAAAUAGGAGCUUCAGUCAGUUCAUCACAUGUUUUCUCAGCCGCUCUAUCCUUCCCACACUCUUCUCCUUCUCCAUUAUGGGUCAUCUCCAUUGGAUGCAGUCCUUCAGUAACAGACUGCUCUAGCAUGGCUCCCUCAUGAGAUCACAAGUCCUUCCAGGAGCCUGCUACAGCACAGGCUGUCCACAGGUUCACAGCCUUCUUCAGGACACAUUCACCUCCUCCACUGUGGGGUUCUCCAAGGCCUGCAGGUGGAUAUCUGCUCCACUGUGAAGUUCCAUGGGCUGCAGGGAAACAGCCUGCCUCACCAUGAUCUUCGCCACGGGUUGCAGAGGAAUCUCUGCUCCUGCGCCUGGAGCACCUCCUCCCCCGUCCUUCUUCACUGACUUUGGUGUUUGCAGUGUUGUUUCUCUCACACAUUCUCAACUGUCUCUCCUGGUUGUCAUUGCACAGCACUUUCUUCCCCCUUCUUAAAUACGUUAUAGCAGAGGCACUACCACCGUUGCUGAUGGGCUCAGCCUUGGCCAGUGAUGGGUCCCUCUUAGAGCUGGCUGGCAUUGGUUCUAUCGUACAUAUGGAAGCUUCUAGAAGCUUCUCACAGAAGCCAUCCCUGCAGCUGCCUCACUACUAAAGCCUUGGUCCCCAAACCCAGUACAGAAGUUAUCUAAUCACAUGACAAAUCUUAAAUAAAAAGAACCACUCAGUUUUUUUUGGUUGGUGAUUGCAAUUGUCUUUCAAUAGUUCCAAAGCUCAUCUUCAGCGAAAAGCAGAAAUCCACAGCUUUCCUGAAAUGAUGUAUACUCUCAGCCUGGUUCAGAAGAUUCCCAUCACUUUUUGCUCAAGUAUCGUCCUUAGAACUACAGAAAUUACAGCUCUUUAAAGAGCAGAGGAUAAACGAAAUAGUCACAAACCAGCCAAAACGGAAGGUGGAAAUAAAAUUACCAGUGUAUUCUACUAGCUAUAAAAGGAAAUGUCAGUUUACACCCUCAAACUCAACAUUGUCCCAUCCCUAGGAACUAAGAGACUGAGUAGUGCCUGAUGAUCUGCUCUACCGCCCUGAUUAAAGAAGGCAUGGACUAAAUUGCCUUCAGCUCAGCAAAGAGCAGGUCUUUCGCUGAAAGAAGCUGUUCUGCCACAUGAAAUAAUCCAGUCUUAAAUCAAAAAAAAAGCUGUCCUUUUUCCUAUUGCUUCUGACUGAUAACCCGAGAUACUAGUAGGUGAAUGUUUCCCAGUAUCUUAGAGAGUACUAAAAGCAAACUGAGUGCA